UCAGAAGUCUCGUUGCCGCCGCAGGAUGGGUUCGCAAUCGAAUUGCUGACUUCCGCCGACAUAGCCAUGAGUGUUCGGCCUUCCAUGCUGAUGGUCCAGCAUCGCCAAAGUCUUAUCAGUGAGAAUCUACAUGCGUAGUCGCAACGUCAAACUACAUCGAUGAAUGCCUAUUCCGCUUUACGCUGCUAGUUAUGCCAGGCCCCCGCCAACCUAACAUCCACUCGUCGAGCCGCGUCGAUGGCAGCGAAGAGAACUAUGAUCUCGCCGUCAGCGGUAGUUCGGACGAGGCACAGUCGGGGACUCAGACUAGGGUGACGAACGCAGCCUCGGGCUCCCUGGCGUCGAACGAGUGGCUAGCAAUACCCAUACCUGGCCCAGGUGCAACCAUUGAACAGUACCGACAGUGUCUCGUGUUAUACCAGCUGGAAAACACGAACUUGCGAGCUGAUCUUCAACGGGUUCAACUCGAGCUCGGGACGCUGAAAGCCGAUCUACGCGCCGAUGGCCUUCAAAACCGCCGCAGUUCAAAGGGUAAGGCUGGCAUGCCACGCGACGAUGACAUGGGGACAGCCGCGCGCAAGUACGCUAUCCUCGUCUCACCUUGGCUGCAGCCACAGGCCUUCAGUCUGCCUAGCCGUCCCGACAUCGACCCACAGAGCAAGAUACGGUAUACAAACCCCGGAACGAUGCAGGCCGCCGAAGCCGCCGAGGUGUACGACAUUGUUCCUCAGCGUCUGCAUCCUAUCCUCGGGAGCAACGAUUCUACUUACUCGCAACAAUUCCGGACAGAUGUGCAGCAAUCACGAUCCAACGCUCUCAACACCGCACUAACCUGUGCAGGUCAGAUCUUCAACAUGCCGCAGGAGCGCUUUGCUCGCACUGGGAGCUACGAUCGCGCAAAGGAUGCUGCGAUGCAGCAAUUCAUCCGCGAUGAGAAGGGCCUUUAUGGCCUGCUUGUGCCGGUGCUCUAUCCGGAGGACGAUAUGCGUAUCAACAAGGUCUUCCGCAGUAUCUACGUCGCGAAAAUAGCGAAGGUUAUCCUCUUCGGACCACAGUCUCUUUCGCGAGAAGGUGGUGCACCAUCAGGCAAACCACCGAUUGGCAGGGCGUGGAAAAUCAAGGUCCCGACAGAUGGCUUGAUUGCCUUUGCCUCAGUUGUGGCACGGUACAUUCUAUCGCCUGAUACCCAAUUGUCGAACGAAAGCAAACCUGGUAACAAGACGAAGAUCUCCUACUUCGACGAUUUCAAUAACUACAAGCACAUGCUGAUCUUCAUGGAGGAGUCGCGAAAACGCAAGCUUGUCGAGUUCUACCUCGAACAUACCUUCGAUGUAACUCCGGAGCCGCGAGACACAGGGUCCGCUACGACGAACCCGAUUGGCACGCGUGAAGCAGCCUUUGCCAGUGCAUUGCAAGCGGUCAACGAGGCCAGUUUCAUAGCUGAUUCAGACGAUGAUGCUGAAGGCGCAGACGACGAGGACGAGCCUGAUGAUCACAUUCCCUCCUCUAGCGCGCUGUCCCAGCUUACUUCGAUCUCGUCGCACGCCAGCUCUCUGUCUAACGCCUUCGAUGGCCUGGUGAUCGGCGAACAGGCUGCUUUUGUUGAGGCUGCACCGGCUGGAUCAUCAGGACACGUCGCGCUCGCUGGACCAUCCUACGCUGUCGCACCCACUGGGUUCCCAUCAUACAUCACAUCGACUGUACCAUUGCACGUCGCCGCAUCAGCUGGGCCGACACGCGUCGCAUCACCUGGUCCACCCGGAGUAGUCGGUGCCAUGUCUGGUGUAGCAACACCUCCUGGAGCUGCCCCCAUUCCAUCGUCCAGUCUGGCACCCGUCGCGUCGCCGACUGCAUCUACCCCUGUCGUAACCCCUGGGUUGCCCCCAUCACUAGGGCGGGAGCUCCGGGACCGGCGCCGGCCCCUGCGCCCAAAAAGAUCCGCGCAAAGAAGAACAAGGGUAAGGAAGUGGAUCGUGUCCAGCUUCAGCAGACUACAGAUGCCCCUGCGGCUACCAGUACGGUUAUGCCCGCUGACUCGGCGGCCGAUCAUGGUGGUACUGCUCCUCGCACUCUGCGAACGCGAGCCGCGGUUGCGCGGAAUCGUUGACGUCUACUUGCGGCAAGGGUGUCCAGUUGUCUUUGAUGUAGCUUAAUUAGUGCCAUUGCUCGCUGACGUCUUGCUGUUCCUCGUCGUGUGCUGUUCCUCAUCCGUCGUCGUGCGCUGUACCUGUUAAUACUUGAUCUGAAUAGUAUUGUGGUUAGUUGAGG